UACCUUGUCUGUAAUUCAACACUGCGUACAGCAAUUUUGACUGAUCGAAUUUAAAAAAACAUCGUUCCAGCGAGAUUAAGCGACAUCCAUUGAGUGUUCUUUCAACGAUCGUAGACCUCUCGCAAAGAGGUUUAUGUGAUAAGUAGUUCCAUCACAUUACAAUGGCAUAUAGGAUAUUUCGUACAUGUAAAGCAAUUACAAAUUGCACAAUAAGUACCAGCAUCAAAAACAAUGCUAUUCCUGUUGAUUUAUUAGUACCACAAACUUUACAAAUACAGAAUGCAAGGAAUACCAACUUUUUUAUGAGAAGAUCCGCUGCCCAAUUGUGGAAAGCUGUCACUAGCGUCAGUAAUGCUGGUAAAAGGAGAGGAAGAGGAAAGAAUUUACCAAAAGUAAAAGAUUUAAACGAAGGGCAAAAGUUAGGUUGGGGAAAAAUACCAAUAAUGUUUCCAGGACUUAAUAUAAAUAUUAUGCAAGGAAAAACUGUAGUUACACAACGACGUCUUUCGGAAGAAGAACAAGAAUCUAGACAAUUGAAUGUUGCCAAACAUGUAGGUACAUCUAUGUUAUUCAAGAAAUUCAAAACUCCAGCCUUAAAACGUGGUUGGACUGGAGGUCAUUUAGGAGGCAAAAAGAUUGGACCACCUAAACCUAUUGAUGAUGAUAAAUUUGAUGGUUUUGAAACUUGGAUGUUAUACAGUAAAACGGUGAAUGUUAUGACAAGUAUUAUGGGUCGUUCUAAGCGUGUACGUUGUAUGGUUAUAACUGGAAAUGGAAAUGGCUUGGCUGGAUUUGUAAUGAUAACAGGAAAGGAUCUUAGAUCAACUAUAUAUACAGCUAAGAGCAGAGCAGGACAAAGAUUAAUUCAUGUUGAAAGAUAUAAUAAUCAUACUGUACUCCAUGAUUUCUACACACAGUUUGGAAGAACAAAAAUAUUUGUGAAACAAAAACAUAAAGGAUAUGGACUCAAGUGCCAUCGUGCUAUACAAGCAUGUUGUGAAGCUAUUGGUAUAACAGAUUUGUAUGCUAAACUCGAAGGAUCUAGUAAUACUGGUAAUAUAGUAAAGGCUUUCUUUGUUGGCCUAUUACAGCAGAAAACACACGAGGAUAUGGCAAAGGAGAAAAAAUUGCAUUUAGUUGAAAUAAGGAAAGAAAAUAACUAUUUUCCUACAGUACUUGCUUCGCCACCAGUAGUUCGAGAUCGUUCGGAAAUACCACCAAACGAAGAUUUAGAUUUCCAACAGUACGUGAUGAAAGGAAAAGUUCCUUAUUGGAGAAAAAAGCCACCACCAUUCUAUGCAAAACUACCGUCAUGGCAAGUUCAUUUGCGUAAAGAAGAGCGCCACAGAGGUCAAGACGAUGUUGUACUUAGAUUAAGAGCUGAGUACGGUGACCUUUGUAGUUUUCUUGCUGAAAAAUAUCCAGAAGCAAAAGCACCUAAAUGGAGGAAACACGACAAAAAGAACGAAGAGGAUAGUGAACAAUAA